AUGAAGUUCACUCGACCAUCCCUAGUCUUGCUGGCCCUGGCAGCCAGCUGUCAUGCCUUCCAAUCUCAAUCUCUGUCGGGAUCUUCCUUCACAACUGGCGGUUUCCAAGUACGAGUAUCCCAGCCAGUUCGAAAAGAUGGGACACAACUGAAUAUGAUGUUUGAUCAACUGACGAGUGCUUUGACUGAAGUUGCCAAGAAUUUGGGACCGAAACAGAGAAUUACAGAGUCAAGCAUCAAGCCUGCAUUGCGCCAGGUUCGCCGCGCUCUUCUUGAUGCUGAUGUGAACAUUGAUGUUGCGGACGCUUUGAUCGAAGGAGUAAAGAAGAGAAAUUUAGGUGACGAAGUCAUCAAGGGCGUCUCUGCCGAACAACAGUUCAUCAAGUCCAUGUAUGACGAACUUCUUGAUAUGAUGGGUGGCGACUCUAAGUCUUCUUCACCAAUGGGUGGCGUUGAGAAUAGCGCCCCUGCAGCGACCUUGGCAGUAGGGGAAGUUGGUAAUCCAGCUGUUAUCCUCUUGGCUGGAUUGCAGGGAGCCGGUAAAACGACAGCUGCUGGAAAGCUUGCCCUCUACUUGAAAGAGAGAGAAGCCGAUUAUUCUGCCGUAGGAGAAACUGACGAGCCAGUGGUUGCCACCAAGUUGCCAAAGAGAAAUCGCAAGGUCCUUCUUGUUGCUGCCGAUGUCUACCGUCCUGCCGCUAUCAAACAAUUGGAGAUUCUUGCUGAAAGUAUCGGUGUUGAGGUCUUCUCGAUGGGAACCGACGCAGAUCCAGUAGAUAUUGCCAAACAAGCUGUCCAAAAGGCAAAGGAUGAAGGGUUCGAUACGGUUAUUGUUGAUACAGCCGGUCGUCAAGUUGUCGACAAAGAUCUCAUGAUGGAGCUGAAGAAUAUCCAGACUACUGUAAAGCCAGAUGAGACACUGCUUGUUGUUGAUGCCAUGACUGGUCAAGAAGCUGCUUCAUUGACAGCAGCUUUUGAUUCUGCUGUUGGUCUUACGGGUGCGAUCCUUACAAAGUUGGAUGGUGACUCUAGAGGUGGAGCAGCUGUGAGUGUUCGAGGUGUGAGUGGAAAGCCAAUCAAGUUUGUUGGUGUCGGUGAAAAAACUGCCGAUCUUGAGCCAUUCUUCCCCGACCGUAUGGCAUCAAGAAUCUUGGGCAUGGGUGAUGUUGUCAGUCUUGUCGAAAAGGCUGCUGCCCAGGUGUCAGACGAAGAAGCAAAGAAGAUGCAGGAAAAGAUGAUGUCGGCAGAGUUCGAUUUUGAAGACUUUCUCUCGCAAGCUAAAAUGGUUACUUCAAUGGGAAGCCUUGGUGGAGUCGCAAAGAUGAUGCCUGGUAUGGGAGGAAUUGGAGCUGAUCAAAUGCAAGCCGCAGAAAGGCGAUUGAAGAAGAACGAAGCUAUGAUUUGCAGUAUGACAAAAAAAGAGAAACGGAAUCCAGCGCUUCUUAUCACUGAUACCACAGCCCGUUCCCGAUUAAGGAGAAUUGCAAAGGGAUCUGGAAACAAGUUCGAGGACGCUGCUAGAUUCAUCAGUGAGUUUCAGCGAAUGAGAACCAUGAUGAGUCGUAUGUCCAAGAAUAUGCCCGCAGGUCAAGAUCCAUCAAUGGCUGGUGCUGAUGAUAUUGAAACCAUGAUGCCCGGAAACCGUUCGGCACGCCGGGCUGGAAAGAAGAAGAAGAAGGCAGCUCGAGGUUUCGGUGGUGGUUUUGGAUAA